GGCAAGUGCUCUAAUAAGGCACCGUCACCCUUCAUGAUUAUGUUGCGAUCUCCCCAAUUGCGGAGACAGGUGACUCAGUCAUUUGUCUGCUGGAGAUGCAUUGCAAAAUCUCAACCUGUGGGCGCUUUCCACAGCAGGUCGCAAAAGAGAGGUGGUUUCAGAGAGCCUGCCCAGCGACACUUCAGCGGUGGUAGAGCAUCUCGCCUGGAGGCUCUAUCGAAUGUGGAAGUCAUCCCUGAGCCUUCUCCACUACCUUCAACCGAGCCCAGUCUACGGACCCGACUUCGACAAUGGGAGAAAGAGCAUGCAGAGACCUAUGUGAUGGCACCAAUGCCGAAGGAAAGCAACGUGAGAAGAGGAGAUGUCUUGAACAAUACAACCCGUCCCCAACCUGGGGUGUUUCAAAUAGAAGGAGAAGAGGAGGACGACUAUGAAGAUUUCAACAUGGCUGCACCAAUAUUCGAUCGUGGCGAGUUGGUCGAUGUUGGCAGCAAGAGAACUUUCCUUUUGCCCGGGGAUCUUGUUGAGCUUCUGUCCGUAGGAAGCCGCCAGCAGGAACUUGCCAUUUUCGUUCGCCAUGUGGACUUCCAGUCACAAUUUUACACUAUGUCCGGUCGUUGGGUGCACAGAUCGGAAAAACACCCACAGUUCUAUGUCCCAAACUUUGUCGAAGCACACGAGUUGGAAGCUAUAAAAGAAUAUCUUCCACAAGAAGCCGUGCCAUUGGAGCUCGAGGACAGGCUACAUUCCUUCGAGAUAGUUCCCCCUAGGAAUAUUGGACAACCUCUCACUCUGAAGAUGACUGAAUUCUGGGCGGAGGCAGAUGCUGCGUACCAAAAGGCUGCGUCUCGCUUCGACAAUGCACAUCGAAUUGUGGGACAUGGAACUCGAUUUACAUACGCAACUUUGGAAGAGAUAGCACAGAGGGCGCUAUCAGGGUUUGUACCAAAGACAGACGAUGGCAAAUUCUCUUACGCAGUUCUCUAUGCACUCCAUCGCUCGAUGCUACGGGAUGACAUUGGAUUUCGGGUUCAGCAGGGUCAAACAAUGCGAGCUGGUGGCGAGUAUGAAAUCAAUUCUAUAGGCGAAGUCAACAGCAUCAACCAAGUCACUCAAUUAGUUCGCACAUAUCGGGAGGCUCUGGUGUCCUUCCCGGAGGCGGUCCCGAACCACCCGUUAACUCGUUUUGCUAAGGAUGCCCGCAAGCUCAUUGCCGCUAGCCGUCAAACUCGCCAGUAUACACCCUGGGGAGUCCUUGGGCCAUAUUCGGGAAAGGAGCAGGGUGAACGUCAUUUCAGAUAUGGACAUCCGCACAAGCCUUUCAUGAGCCACAUGCUGCCUUUUCUUCGGUUUCUGGAGUCUUGGGCAUGUUUGUGCAGUUUCAACAGACAUUCGUCGUUGAAUGGGGUCGGUUCUACAAUUCUACGUGCCAUUGGUGCAUAUGAUGAUGUGCCUUUGGACAAGAAGACGGCCUGCACAGCUUUACAGGAGUUAGGCGCCGUACCCCCGUGGGAAAAUCGUGCGGCCUAUGAGCUAAGACUACCACACACGGGUCGCAGGCUUGCACCCGGACUGUCCCUGCAAAAGUUUUCCGAAAACUACGAAUCGUCCAGUUCUCCAGAUCCUGGUAGAAGCCCGGAUAAACUCGAGCAUCUUCGAAAGGAUUGGGGCGAUCUUACUGUAUACUGUAUUGACGAUGCAUCAGCUCAUGAGGUUGAUGACGGUAUCUCUGUGGAAUGUACCGAAAACUCUUCAGAGUUUUGGGUGCACGUCCAUGUAGCAGACCCUGCAGCUCAUCUUGACCCGCAGGGACGAAUAAGCGCUGCUGCUGAGCGUAUGACCGAGACGGUUUACUUAUCGGAGCGUACAGUGACCAUGUUAGAUGCGGAUUUUGCACAGGAUUGCAGCCUUGCUCCUGGUCGACCGUGCUUAACGUUCAGUGCGAAGAUGAAUCUUCAUGGCGAAAUACUGGAGUCUAACAUAACCCCUGGGACAGUAAGAAACGUGGUUAACAUAACAUACGAGGUUUUGAAAGAGGUUACCACAGGCUUACGAUCGUCACAAAGCAUAUCUUAUACCGUCGGUUCAAACGAUGUCGAGCCGACACCUUCUCGAACUUUAGUAGAGAGUGACCAACUUUCAGACCUGAGUAGAAAGGAAUUGGGAAUCUUGGAGAAGAUUCAGCAGGCUCGCUGGAAAUAUCUACGAGACAGAGGCGGUAUAUUUAAUAGGCCUCCCACGUCCGUUUUAUCUGUCUCGUUUGGAGGCGCACCGUGGGAAAGAGCUGCCGUUACUGAUAGCUUCCACUACUAUGGCGAUCCCACGAUUCGGUUGCACUUCCAAGAAACAUACGAUCCCAAUGAUCUAGGUCUUGUGGCAUGUUGUAUGCUCGUUGCCGCUGAAGUAGCUGGACGGUGGUGCAGUGCAAGAGGAAUCCCUGUGCCAUAUCGCGUCACGCCCUUGAAUCCCGAAAUGGAUCCUGCGGAGUAUUUCACCAAUGUGUAUCUACCAGCACGAGACGAGUCGGGUGAAGUCCCAUUGGACAUUAAGAUGGAAUAUACAAGACAAAUACCCUCUGUCCAGCCCUCAUCGACUCCUGGGCGGCAUGUGGCUUUGGGUAUGGAUAUGGUGGCUAGGUGUACAAGCCCGUUGCGUAGAUUUGCGGACCUUCUAACUCAUUGGCAAAUCGAGACUGCUUUGUUGGAGGAGCACCGACUGGGUCAUUCACUUGUGGGAAAUACCAGGGACGACUUCCUACCUUUCAGCAGAGCACGUAUCGAUGCUCUUCUACCACGUAUCGCGCUUCGGGAGAAGCUGAUCUCCAAGGGCCAAGACCACUCACAGAGAGCAUGGGCCAUUAACUUUCUCGUUCGAGCUUGGCAUUUCAAGGAAAUCGAGCUUCCCCCUCUUACCAUGUCAAUCCGAAGUGUGAAUCCCGACUCUAGAUUUUGUGGUGGGAUCCUUGAGGAAUUGUUGCUGGGCGCGCAAAUGUAUAUCCCAAGCGGGAUGGAUCCCGAGGAGAUCAAGAUUCAAGACAAGUUUGAGGUUAAAAUCAUUGAGCUUGAUCUUUGGGGGCUGAGGAUCUACACUGAGUUAGUCCGGCGGAUUGAAUCAUGAAAUCAAUUUUGAUUUGAGUAAUACUGUGGAGGUACUGGCUCUGUGGCGAAGUUCUCAGCUUUGAAAGCUCGACUUCGCCUUUCUGUUGACAAAAAUGGAGAUGUACAUUAUUGUAAAUUAUACAACACUAGAUCUGGAUGUAAUUUUGGGGACUGUAUCUGGGAUAUGUUCCUGAAACCUCACUUCAUGUAUGACAUCAACGACAGAUAGAACAUGGCCAAGACGGCCAAAUGAAUAGAAAGAAAUCAUAACUUCUC